GAGGCGGCGGCUGGCAUGACGGCGGCCGGCAGCGGCUCGGCGGCCCCGCCGCGGCCUGUGGCCGGGUGGGCUCCCGGCGGCCCUGCGGCGGGCCCGGCCGUGGGGAGCGGCGGGAGCGGCGGAGCCCCGGCCGGUGCCGGAGUGCGGCAGAGCGGGGACACCGCGCGGGGCCGGCGGGGAGCCCCGGCCGCGGCCGGACCGCGCUUCACCUCCGCGGCCGCAGAGCCGCGCUCGCCCGCUGCUGCCGCCGCCGCCAUGGUGCCGUCCCCGCUCGCCCUGCUCCUGGCGCUGAGCGCCGCCGCCACCGCCCUGGCUGAGCCCCUCCGCUUCGUUGACUGCGGUUCCAUAGACGGCAGCAUCCAGGAGGUGAACGUGAGCCCCUGCCCCACUCAGCCCUGCCUGCUCCACAAGGGGACAUCCUACAGCAUCAACGUCACUUUUGCUAGCAAGAUCGAGAGCCAAGGCAGUAAAGCAAGGGUGUACGGGGAGAUGCUGCAUGUGGACAUACCCUUCCCUAUUCCUGAGCCUGAUGGAUGCAAGUCCGGGAUCCAGUGCCCCAUUCAGAAGGGGCAUUCCUACAGCUACCUGAAUAAACUCCCUGUGAAGAGCGAGUACCCCAGUAUUAAACUGAUUGUGAAAUGGGAGCUGGUAGAUGACCAGGACCAGAUGUUGUUCUGCUGGAAGAUACCAGUGCAGAUUACCAGCUGAGGAGCCCCACCAUUAGUAGGGCUUGGGGAGGGGAAAAACAAACAACACAGGCCAAAUUCUUUUAUAUAAUAAACAUUUCUUACUGCUUCCUUCAGAGCUCUGCAGCCUCUGAAAAGCCAGAACUGUGUUCCUUGCAAGAUCAGCCCCUGGCAGAGUGCUCUUACUGUGUUUAGGUGACACCCCUGGGGUGUUCUCCUAGUAGCUCAAAGGGCAGCAGUGUCUGCUGCAGGAGUGACUGAGCAUCACCCUCCAGCCGCUCUGUGGAGGCACUUUAUCUGUUAGACAUGGAGCUGUCUGUCCUCACAAAGGAAUUUCUCAGCGAUGAAUCUGGCUAUUGUCUGAGCUGCUACCUGGUAACCCUUCAGUGCCUCUUCUAGAAUGCCAGCUGCAUCCACCCUCUUGUGUUUCUCCUGCUCUGUUGUGAUCGGGAUGCCCUUGGGACCUGCAUUUGCUAUCCAUG